CCUUUACCUAAACAACAGCUUUGAAUAUGAAGCUGCUCAUAGUUCUGUCGGUGAUAGCGUGCAGCUAUGCAGCCAAGUUGGACAGGACGUACCUUCCACCUGUGUCCGCAGCCACUGCUGGCGGCAGUCCUGGGUCACUGACCGCUCCCGGAUCUGGUGGUUUUGGAGGAAGAGGAUCUGCGCCUGGAGCUCCUAGCUUUGGAUCUUCCGGACCUUCUGGUUUCGGAUCUUCGGGACCUUCUGGAUUAGGGCAGGGUGCGACCGCGCCUUCUGCGUUUGGAAAGGGUACUGCUCCCGCCGGUUUUGGACAGGGCGCUGCUGGUCCUUCUGGUUUCGGACAGGGUACCAACGCUCCCUCUGGGUUCGGGCAAGGCGCUGGAUCUCCUAGUUAUGGACAGGGUGCCGCCGCUCCUACUGGAUUUGGACAAGGUGCUGCCCCCUCAGGCUUUGGUCAGGGAGCUACUGGACCUUCUAGUUUCGGUCAGUCUACCGGCGCUCCCUCUGGCUUCGGUCAAACUCAGAGUGCACCUAGCUACGGACAAGCAGCUUCGGGAUUCAACCGGCAGUCUGGUGGAUUCAACCAGCCAGCUCAAGGCAACUUCCAGCAACCCGAACGUGCUCAGGCAGCCGCAGACAGGAACGCCGAGAUCCUGAAAUACGAGAACCAAAACGAUGGUGAAACUUUCACCUACAGCUUCGAGACUUCCAACGGUAUUUCUGCUGAAGAAUCUGGGGUUGCUACCAAUGGUGUUCAAGCUCAGGGUGGUUUCUCGUACACCGGUGAUGAUGGUCAGUUCUACCAAGUGAGCUACACUGCCGAUGAGAAUGGCUACCAGCCCCAGGGCGAUCACCUGCCUACUCCUCCCCCCGUCCCUGAAGAGAUCCUGCGAGCUAUUGAGAAGAACGCUGCCGCCGCUGCCGCUGGAACCCAGGAAGGUGCCUACAACCCUGAUGAAGAUGAUUCCGGCUCCGCUCAGCAAUACAACGCUGGAUACGGCCGUGGUCCUGCUGCCCAACAGGGUGGUUUCAACCAGGGUGGUGCUAGUAACCAGGGAACUUUCAACCAAGGUGGUGCCAGCAACCAGGGCGCUUUCAACCAGGGUGGCGCAAGCAACAAGGGACCUUUCAACCAGGGUGGGGCCAGCAACCAGGGUGCAUUUAACCAGGGUGGUGCCAGCAACCAAGGACCUUUCAACCAGGGUGGUGCUUUCAACCAGCAAGGUGGGAGCUUCAAGCAGCCCGGUGGUGCUUUCAACCAGCAAGGUGGGAGCUUCAAGCAGCCCGGUGGUGCUUUCAACCAAGGCGCUAACACUGGUUUCCCAUCUGCCCGACCCUCCAACCAACCCCAAGGUCAAUAUAACCAAGGUGCCGGACAGGUUAACCAAGGACCUUCAGGAUUCAAUCAAGGCGCUCGAGGCCCCUCUGGACAGGCUCCGGGACGUGGAUCUCAGGGGCAAGGUGACGCUGGAUACCAAUACAAUCGCCCUCAAUCUCAGUUUGGCGCCCCUCAAGGUUCAUCUGGAUUCAACCGACCUGCUUCUCAAGGAUCUACUUUUAGGCCAUCUGCUGGCUCCGCUGGCCCUACUGGCCCCGCUUAUAGACCCAGUGCCCCAUCUGGACCUCAGGGACCUUCCGGACCUGCUUCAAGACCUGGCUCCGCCCCAAGCCAGGGCUCUUUUGGACCUCAAUCUUACAACCAGCCUGCUGCUCAAGGACCGAGCUCUUUCCCUAAACCAUCUGGCUCUGCCGGAUCUCAAGGACCUCAAGGACCUUCUGGAUCUUUCCCUAGACCAUCUGGCCCUCAGGGUUCAUCUGGUUCCUUCCCUAGACCGUCUACCUCUGGUACUCAAGGAUCAUUCGGUUCCGGCCCUCAAUUCCAGUCUGGGCAAGCUGGUAGGCCUUCAGCACCCGCGCAGGGAUACCAGUACAACCGCCCUGGUGCCCAGGGACCAAGCUCUAGGCCGAGUCAGUCUGCCUUUGGUCCUCAAGGCUCCCAACAGGGACCUAUUUCUAGACCUGGUCAGUCUGCCUUUGGUCCUCAAGGCUCCCAGCAGGGACCUAGCUCUAGACCAGGUCAGUCUUCCUUCGGACCUCAAGGACCCCAGGGUUCUCAGGGCUCUCGUCCCCAAGGCCAGACCUUCGAAGGUCCUCGUCAACCCCCCAGCUUCAGCGAACAAGAAGGAUACAAAUACUAAAACCAAAGCGUAGGAUUGAUAAUUUAAGCGGCAUUAGAAAAUUCCAAAAAAAAUAUUGUAUAGAAAAUAAUUUUGUACAUACUUGUAGACGAAAUGUAUAGAAUUCUUUUAAGUUUAUAAAGUCACUGUGUGAUUCAAAAUGUGAAUGAAGUGUUCAAUAAAUGGAGCAAAUUUUA